GUCUUGUUUUCCUCUAUCCUAUCUCUAAUCCUCUCUAUAGUUAUCUUCUGAGGUUCUGAAGUUCUUGGAUCAUCUUGGUUUACAUUUAGUUGAAUAGGGCGGUAAGGGCCGAAGUUUAUUUAAGGAGCUGGACAGCCAGCAAUCAUUCAGGUGAAAACUUGAUGCUAUAUUCGCUACGAGGUUGCUAAUUAGCCAGAUCAUAGAUCCGAGAUUGCCGGCAAGGAAGCAUUUAGCCACCAGGUUUUGCUUUCACCACACUCGUCACUCGCGAUAUGGACAUGCAGGUUACCCUUUGCGGAAUCAAUAGAAACAGUGAUGUAGCAUAGUUUAUUAAUACAGAAUUCGAACGUGAGAACUCUUUAGAAGUUUCAAAUAUCUUGAUUCCAAAAGUUCCAGCAAGUCAUACUUUCCCAUAUUUUUAUAUACGAUGGAGUUACGCGUUGGCAACAAGUAUCGACUAGGCCGCAAAAUCGGCAGCGGCUCUUUCGGCGACAUUUACUUAGGUACUAAUAUCUCUACUGGGGAAGAAGUUGCUAUCAAGCUGGAAUGCAUCAAAACCAGGCAUCCUCAGUUACAUAUUGAGUCUAGAUUUUAUAAGAUGAUGCAAGGGGGUGUUGGUAUUCCAACUAUAAAAUGGUGUGGAUCAGAAGGUGACUACAAUGUAAUGGUAAUGGAGCUUCUUGGUCCAUCAUUAGAAGAUCUAUUUAACUUUUGUUCGCGACGAUUUUCAUUGAAGACAGUUUUGUUACUGGCUGAUCAGCUGAUAAGUAGAACAGACUAUAUACAUAGUCGUAAUUUUAUCCAUCGUGAUAUCAAACCAGACAAUUUUCUAAUGGGAUUAGGAAAGAAAGGUAAUCUUGUCUAUAUUAUUGACUUUGGACUAGCAAAAAAAUAUCGUGAUGGAAGAACAAACAAACACAUACCUUACAGAGAGAAUAAAAAUCUCACUGGUACAGCUAGAUAUGCAAGUGUAAAUACACAUUUAGGAGUUGAACAAUCACGAAGAGAUGAUCUUGAAUCACUAGGAUAUGUACUUAUGUACUUUAAUCGAGGUAGUCUUCCAUGGCAAGGACUUAAAGCAGCAACAAAAAGACAGAAAUAUGAACGUAUUUCUGAAAAAAAAAUGUCUACACCUAUAGAGGAACUGUGCAAAGGUUAUCCUGUUGAGUUUGCAACAUACUUGAAAUACUGCAAGGAGUUGAAAUUUGAAGGAAAGCCUGAUUACUCAUAUCUCAGGCAUCUAUUCCGGACACUAUUUCACAGUCAAGGCUUCACGUAUGACUACGUGUUUGAUUGGAAUAUGCUGAAGUUUGGAAAUGCAAGGCAGCCAGCUAUAUCAAGUAGUCAACAGCAGCAACCACAACAGCAAGCAGUAACACACCUGCAACCAGCAAACAAUCCAACUCCUAUACCAGGAAUUAAUAACGAGCAAGAGCAUCGUUCAAGGCCAUAUACGCGGCAGUGCUUGGCGAAUGCUGGAGCUUCCGGUCCGGGAUUAACGCUAGUCGGUACGUCGGGUCGCAGACAGCAGAACAAAUUUGAAUAUUUGGAGCAGUUUGAUAAUCAACAUCUUCAGCAACACCAUCACCAUCAUCCACUGCAUCUCCAUCAUCAGCAGCAGCAGGACAAAGGCGAGCUUCAAGUGCCUGGUGUAGAUGGCCAGGAGCGCAGAGUCAGCGUGAGAUUGACACAACGUGGAAACAUAGCAGCGACCGUUGAUGAUACUCACAAUCAGUCUAAAAACAAGAAAGAUAGACUUUACCCUAGUUUCUUAUGGUGCGAAGUAUCCUAAAAGCAGAC